CCUCCCGGCUUUUCUUCCUACAAUCUUAACUGAUCUUCUCUCUCACUCACUCUUCUCCAUUUAGCCACCAAAUGUAACUGCUGACAUUUUCCCCGUCUGUUUAUAUAUAUAUAUAUUAUGCUCUUUAUAAUUUUAGUUUCUUGAGCGUACCUCCGGUGUCUCCUGCUCCGUCCUCGCUGUUCCACAAACCCUUUUUGCUUCUUAAUUAAAUCCAACAACCCUCCCAAAACCCUGUGUUUCCUGCCUGCCCUUUUGGCCGUUAAAUUUUUCUCUUUUUUUUUUUUGUGUUCAUCCUUUUGUAAAAAACCUUAUGGACAUGCUUGUUUAGUGAAAUCAAUAUAUCAGACCAUUUUCGUCUACGGCUUUUAUUUCAUUGUUUUUUUUUUUUGGUAUAUAUUACUGAAAAAAAUCAAUAAUGGGAAAGAGAAAGAGAAGAACCGACCCUAAUAAAGCUCCUCCCUCAGAUGUUAUGCAGCAGUCAUCUCAAAUGGAAGCAUCGUCAGAGCAGAAAUCUUCUGAUCAAGUCGAAAGUAGUGCAAUAGGGCCCAUUUCAUCCAUCUUAGAAAUCAUGGAUGACUCUGUUAAGUUACCACAGGUUUCACAGUUGCCUGCUCAUCAUCAGCACUUUAGCCGCGCUAUGCUACUAAGAAAUCCUCGGUAUUGUAGCCGCAAGUAUUAUCGGAGAAAUUCAGGGAACCGCGCUGAUGCAUCCACAUCAAGUGGAAAGGUUACUCCUUCAAUAGAUGAGAAUAUAUUCCUCAAAUUUGCUAAUAAGUAUCGUUCAGAUGAUUGCAGGCAGCAUACAGAAAAUUGGGAUCAAGCAUUUCUAAAACCAGAAAGAAUCAGAUCGAGUUCGUUUUCUACGGAUGCAGUAUCUCACGAUGUGGGAAAGAUGGUAUGUAGAAUAUGCGAGAGGCUCUUGAGGAAGAAACCGUACAUCAAUGGAGGCAUUGGAUCAUCUAGCGAUCUCUCUGUAGUAGCAGUGUUAGUUUGUGGUCAUGUUUACCAUGCAGACUGUUUGGAGCAGAAAACUAGCCAAGAAGAACAAAUGGAUCCUCCUUGUCCCACAUGUGCGAGCCUGAUGUCCAAGGUUGAAGAUUAGGACUGGUGUGAUAGUAGAGCCUUUUAACAUUUUAUCUAGGAUAUUACUAGGUCUUUUUAAAGUAAGGUAGAAACAAGUUAGAUGAGUAUAUAGGCAGCUGCGUUGUGUCAACUGAUACAUGCACCUUUCCCUGCUCCCUUUAUGGUGGAGUACUAUUGUAAGUUUCCUUACUAUGUACGAGUAGCAGGCUGAAACAUAAUCGUCAAUAAUCCGCUAUGGGGCAGAGUAUGUGUUCUGCUUGAUUUGUAUAUGCUCUGUUACUUCAAUCCUUUAAUGUACUGGUUUAGCUAUUGCAUAAUCGGAUUAUUCA